AUGUCUUCUAGGCUGAAAUACAGACGACGGCGAAAUGACAAGGACGACGUUAAGCCAUUGUGCGACCAACCACAGCGAGACACUCCCGAGUACUUGCAAAAACUCAUCGCCCAGUUGUACGGAGUGCAACAGGAAUCCCUUCCUGCCUUUACGUCGUCUUCGGAAGUAGACAACGAGCUUCACGCGUUGGUGGGGCUCUUUCUACGCCAGUUUGUGCUCGGAUGGUACAAUAAUCUUGCAUUUGACGAGAACGGAGAGUUUUUGAAUGAAAUCGUCGCACUGAUCGCCCAUUUGACCAGAGAUCUGCAACAGAGGUGUUUGAGAAUUGACUGGAGCCGAUUGUUGCUCGAUGACCUAUUUGUGGUCCUCAGUAAACACAUGGAGGCACUGAGAGAGGCUAGGAAACGAGUAGGAACAAAAUUCAGCAGCCAGGACGAGAACGAAAUCACUGCCAACUAUUUAUCUCUGAACGGUCACUUUGCUAUCCAGCUAGAUACUCCUGAGCGCGAACGGCAGUAUAUGCAGGUGCUGGUGAAAAAGAUGAUGGUCCUGAUGCUGCCAAACGAGGAAGCAGAGUCUAGCUUGAGCCGACUGUUCGCCGAAACUAUUUUUGGAGACCUCAUCCUGCGAAACGUUGUGGAAAACCUCACAGACAACUUCAUGCUCUGGAACAUGAUCAAGGCGGUCAGCGAAGCAUCAUGCAGGCGCCCAAAGACGAGAAGACCCCUUUUCGAGCAAUUGUCUGCCGGCAGCCGUCAGAUCGGCCAUAUCGUAGCCUAUUGCACCUCAGUCUUUUCCUCCAAGCCCGCUCCCCAAACGUUGGUAACGCGGUAUGCUGUAUUCCCAUUCAUGAACGACUUGGUCCAUUUCAGCAAGAGAUACCCACUAGUACAUGUGGCUGUCACAACGACAGCGGCAUUGCUCGAAAAAUCCGAGAAGUUCAAUCACCUAUGCAGUAACGUUCUUAAUAAUCUGGUUCACAACAGGAUCCUCACCAGCGGGACAAUCUCCAGUGCAGUACGGGCUUUGCGCCAUACUAUGUUCCCAGCAGACGAGAACUUCAAUACUACGCCCAGGUACGUGCCCCAGACCACUGAAGAACUCGAUGAAAUCAAGCUGAAUGCCAAAACCGCCAUGGACAAGGUGUUCUCCCAUCCCUACCUUGACACAGAGUCUUUCCUUGACUCCUUUGAGCACAAGACCAUCAACAAGUCUCUAUUGUGGAACAUACUCGAUUUGCUGCUCAUGAACAUUUUCCCAGAGCUGAAGGACAUGUAA